AUGUUUGGAGGUCACAAACAACAAAAAGGAGGAUCCUCCUACUCCUUUUCAUCGUCGAACGUAACCAUAGACAACAAACACCCGGUGACUGAACGCGCGGAUUCUCUCUCCAUGAGCGGAUCUCCUCCUCUUCAACAACGUCCCAAUUUUGUCGAAGAAGAAGUCGUCCAAGAAGAAGAAGAAGAAGAUGUUCUCGUGGUAAAAAUGAAACAGAAAGUGCGUUUAUUAAAGCAAGAACUGAAAGCGAAAGACGACAUGCUGGAAGCGGUGCAAUCGCAAGCGAAACUGGACAUCGUGAACGCGCGGACGCGAGUGGAUUCGAUCGAGGAAAAACGGGAAGAGUUAGAGGCGAGAUGCGCCAAGGCGGAGAAAUUAGCGUUGGAACGAACGAACGCGUUGGAAACGGCAAACAAAAAGUUGAAAGAGGCGGAGAGGAGCGCGAAGGUGUUCAUGCAAAGAGCGAACGCGAAGAUUUCCGAGGCUUUGAGAGAAAACGAUUCCGCGGAUCAAGGUCCGUCGCCGUCGUCGUCGUCGUCAAAAGUUGAACGAAAAAUGACGCCGUCGAACUUGUCUCUGCAAGAGAAGAUAUUACGCAUCGAGAGGCAACAACAGAUGGACGACGAGGAAGGAUUACUCAAGAAGAACAGUAACAGUAAUACUAAAAAGAAGAAAAAGAUCAAUAAAGAAGAGAGUUCGUCGAGUCUGGUCGCCGUGAAUAACGACGACGACGAAGUAGAAGAAGAAGAAGAAAACAAAGAAGAAAACAAAGAAGAGGAAACAAAGAGUGAAAAACAAUCAGUAGAAGAAGUAGAAGCGCUGCGAUGGGAAAUCCAACAGUUGCUCACGCAAAACGCCGACGCCGCGCGUUCGUUUCAAAACAGCUUAGAAAUCGAGCGAAACAAACGCAGAGAUGCAGAGGAAAGAGCGGAGAUAAGUGAAGCCACGUGCGUGCGAUUACAAUCCGAGUUAAAGUCCAAAGAAUCUUUGCUCAAAAUGAUGGAAAAAACGUCAUCGACGUCGAUGAUGAGAACCACGUUUACCGCCGCCUUACAAACGCGAACGCUCAACACCACGGAAAAGAAUAAGAAGAAUCAACAUUUAGUGGACAACAAGUUCGACGAUGCGGAAGAGGAAGAUUCCGAUAAAGACGAAAUCCCUCUCUUUUCUUCGCCGCCCGUGCUCAAAUCGCCAAUUCCGCCGUUGGUCAGCAGAAAGUAG